AACACCGGACACCUCAUUCACAAGUCGCGGGUUCUAGAUGACAAGACAAUAUUAAUUCGUGGCAAUGGUAUACGCUCUCAUGCAUCAUCUAAACAUUGCGAAGAAUAAGCUAAAAUACGAACAACUGUGGCAUAGUGACAAUUGGUGUGACAGUCAUUCCCCGAGAUUCGAACAUCAACAAAGAUAACACGAAACCUUCAGAUCGAGUGCAUUGAUUAAAAGAACCACAAGUCUGCAAUAGAUCAAUUGUGCUGAGACCGCGUUAAGAAACGAACAAGCUCUACAAAUCACUGAGGACGAAGGAGUUCGAAUAUUAAUUUAAAGUUGAACACAAAGAUGACGACGGUACAUACUACCAACGAAGUGAAUUUGUCAGCACCCACGCCAAAUCAGGACGCAGAUUUGGAUCUAAUGGCGCUAACUAUGGCAGCCUUACGCUUUGUCAAUCCUUGGUCAGUUAGCACGGAGCAGAAACAGUGGACUGAAGUGGUACCAGGCUCACCUGAAGCCAAGGACCGCACAAUUACUUUGGCAGAAGUUGCCCACCAUGACACGCCCGAUGAUUGCUGGAUAGUUAUUUAUGAUCGUGUCUAUGAUAUAUCGACAUUCUUAGACGAGCAUCCUGGCGGUGGCGAUAUAAUGUUGGAGUACGCAGGCCGAGACGCAAGCACGGCUUUCAGGAGUUCUGGGCACUCUCGCAUGGCUGUUAAGGCUCUAGAUCGAUUUCUAGUCGGAGAACUGCCCCUACAGGAACGCUUGUACCGACGCCCGGGUGGUAUUAAGCUUAGCGAUAUACCCGAAUGACCUGGGAUGGUAUUUAUUGAAAAGAUAAAAUAAAUGAAUAUUUAUAUUGAAAGAAAUAUUAUUAAUAUGAAAGUAGUAUAUUUGGUGGCGGAUGAUUUCACAGAAAUUACUGUGAAUGCUUUUAAUUACAUUUGUUUUUAUUUAAUCAUAUUCAGACAAUUAUUGUUGUUUUAAUAAACUUUAUUGAUAAAUAUAUUUAAUUAAGUCUUAAAUUGGAUUUAAGUGAAGCUAUUUUUACUGGUUAUACUUUGGAUAAUAGGUUUUCCUUCCAAUGGUACUUAACGUAUGACCUGUUAAUAUUCUUUAGCACAAUAUAGAUUAUAAGAUUAUGAUAUAAGUAUAUGCAUUUAUUUAUUUUGUAUAUCUUAUUAUUACAGUGUUAGGUCAGUAUUAAAAACUACUAUUUUGCAUAUUUUCUAUCAAGUAAGCUUGUCAAAAAUGUUCCUACUUUAAUGUUUAAUCAAUUAAAUGCUAUACACUAAUAGA